AUGAAGAGCGGGAGGGGGGGGAAGAAGGGGAAGAAGGCCAAGAAGAUGAGAAAUAUGAAGAAUAAGAACGCGGCCCUGUUUGCAGGUGACGACUUCUACGAGUCCUCCCUUCUGCUGCAGCAGCAGGCGAAUCUGUUCGGCCAGCCGAUGCUCGCCGCGGACGAGGGGAGCAGCGCGGCCAACCUGGGAAGCGGCAACAUCCUCUCCAGUGGUGGCAACCUCGCCAGUGGUGGCAACCCCUUUGGGGAAGGCCAGGCGGGAGCUGCCGUAGCGGCCAAUCUCAGCGGCGCAGCUUCCAAUCUGAGCGGCGCAAAGGGGGAGGCACCUCAAAUUAUGAGCAGCGGCAACAUCGGGGCUAACAACACAGCGGAAGGAUCGACAGAUUUCUUUUUCAAUUCUAAUAAGAGCAAAAUGACACAGCCGGGUGGCACCCCUGGGGAUCCGAACAGCAUCGCCGUCCCCCCCCCGCCCUACUCAGACGGUAGACCGUAUAGUGGAAUGGGCGCGACCUCCUCGUCCGGCGGCAGGAAGGGCCUCGUGCUGCGCGCGAACGAUGGUCAGGGGAAGCUCGGUCUGCCCAGCCACAUCGGCAACCCCAAUAUGAUAAACAACCCCAGCUUUAUGGGAAAUGCAAACCUUAUGGGAAAUCCAAACCUUAUUGGAAACCCCAACCUUAUUGGAAACCCCAACCUUAUGGGAAAUCCUAACCUUAUGGGCAACCCCAAUUUCAUUAACAACCCCAACUUCAUGCACAGCGGGGGACCCCCGCCCCUCCUGGAGACACCCCCGAUGAGACAAAUGAAAAAGACACAGGGGCAGAAGAACAACCCGCUGGGGGAUAUAAACGUGAAGGACACUUCCUCCUUCGAACACGCAGGGGUGAACAGCAUGAAUGUUGGCUUGAUGGCGAAUGCCAUUCCUCCUCCGCCGGAUGUGGAUGUUAGUAAAGGGAUACCUUUCAGUGAGGGUCAGCCCAGUCCUCCCAGUGUCCCCGGCGUGCCCAACGUGCCAGGUGUGCCCCUCCCGCCGAGCCCCCCCAACAUGCCUCGCUUCCCAACCCCGCUGAUGAACCGAGGCGGAGUGAACCCGCCCCCCUUUGCCACCUUCUCCAACUCGAGCAGUUCCCUCCUAACGAGCAAACAGAAGAUGAGCAACGGGAAGCUGCUUGACAGGGGAGGCCCCGCAAACCCCAACUACAUCUCCCUCAAUGCUAAUAGCAUCCCCCUAAAGGCUAAUGCAAAUGCGAUGAACAUGAAAUUUAAUAUGAUGGGUAAUUUGCAUCCCCAGAAGAACAAAGGCCCUCCCUACCUUUCGGACGACUUGCUAGAUGCACAUGAGGAGAGCAUGUUCCCUAUGCAUGCAGCUGGCGGUCCGCCUGGCAGCAUGGGGAGUAACACCUAUAUGGGAGGACCUAAGCACGUGGAGGGGGGUGCACUGGGCAAUCCGAGCGGUAUGGAUGGCUAUUAUGAAGAGGUGGGGAGGCCGCCCAGUGGUCACGUGCUAAUGGGAGGGGUGCCCCCCGCGUUGGGCUCCCCUGCGAAUGCGCCCUUCCCGGUUAGGUUUCCCAACAGCGCGGCUCUUGCGAAGGGCGGCCCCAGCAUGGCAUGUGGGGUGGGACCCGGGCCAACUGCCAGCCAUAGCGGGAACGUUAGCGGGAACGUUAGCGGGAAUGUUAGCGGAAACAUCCCGCCCGGUGCCGCCGGUGCCGCCGCCUCGAUGGUGAACCACCCAGACGCAGGUGAAGACGGCUGGAGCCAGAACUACCUCCUCGGCGGUGACUCCUUCAACAGGCACAACCUCAUGGGCAUGGGCGAUAAACAGAGCGGCUCGCUAGCUAAUCCGUUCGGGGCAUUCCCCAUGAACCACGGACCCAUGGGUUCUACAUCUAUGAGCAAAGAUGCAAGUGCGUUGGGAGGACUCGCCGCUGACGUAGAUCCCACGUGGGACCCCCAUUUCGAUGCGCGCAGUGGGAAACACCACCCGGAUGGAGUUAACGAACGGGGCAGCUCCUUUCGUGGAGAGGCAGAACCCACCGGUUCGGUUGAUGAAGAACGCGUGAGUGACUACAGGAGGGAAGACCACAGCGACGCUCCGGGUGGUUACCGCAGGGGGAGUGCACAGGAGGGGGAGCAAACUGAUGAGCGGGCGGUUGCCGAAGAUGAGACUGCCAAACGUUUAGGCAUUGGCAUAAAUCCGCAGGGCGAUAAGAAAGCGCUAACGCGCGAGGAGAAGCUGCACGAGUGGCUGGAGGAGCAGCUAACGAACCAGACGAACAUAAUUUCGGACGCCCUGCAUCUGAUUCCGCUGUGCAUGCAGAGCGGCAGGAAGGACCCCCUUGCGGAGGUAGAUCCCGUGGGAAAGAACCCAAAUGGGCAACCACAGGCAAAGGGAGAUUUCCAGAAGGUGCUCACCAAUGGGUUCUACCCAGAUGUAGACCUCCAAGGGGGCAAACACUUCUCCUUCAGUGAGAAGCUGUCCUACAAGUUGCGAGAACAGGAGUACCUGAACAGGCAGAUGCAGCUGCACCUGCAGCUGCGUACAGAACCCGUGAGUGAUGAACCCGUAGGUGAUGAACCCGCGGAGGAGCCAGACCUGAGCAGCAUGAGAAAUUUCCUCCUCACAUCUGGCGACGAUUUGUGUGGGGAGCCCCCUUUCGGGACUGCAUCAGCCGCUGUGCGGAGGAGCGAGCGGUUCCUUCUGCGCGAUGAAGAACCGUUGAGUGAAAGCCUCUUCGUAAGGAGGGACGCCAAACGGGGGGAGGAUGCCAAUCGGGGGGAAGGGGGAGACGCCCCUAGUGAGGAUAGUAACAACCGCGGGGAGAAGCCUAGCUGCCUCCACGAGGAAGAACAGCCCGGGGCCACCGCCAAAGACGCGAACCACCAGGGGGGGGAGACCAACGGUGAGCCAGACGAAAACACGAACAGCUAUUUUAUGAAACUGAUGAAGAGCAGACUGAAGAACCCACUUUCCAUUCUCACCGGAUUGGGCAAGAAGGAUCCCAAAGAAGAAGAGGAUCAACAGGAGAGGGCCCCGAAGGAUGCAACAGAUGGAGCGAAUCGUGCAACAAAGGAAGAAGACCCCCCAGGAAAGGAAGACCCCCCCCCAAAAGGGAUUACACAUGCAGAUGUGGGAGGUGGAAAAGAUCGGUUCGAUUACAAAUGCUAUCUCCUCAAACAGCUUCUGCAAAAUAGAACCCAAGAGAGACUUUUAGGCAACCAGGGGUGGGUGGAUCAAGUGGACGUCUCCUCCACCAACCUGUUCUUGCUCAACAGCUACGGCAUCACGUCGGAAGAUGCGGUCAGCCUGUACUGA